AUGGCGGCUCAAUCAAUUAGGGAGCUUUCCUCUUCUAUUGUGACCAGAGGCAUUCCUACAUGCAUCAUCACUUACCCUGCUGCGGCUCAAGGAUUAACAGCCGAGUUCAAAUUAAAGUCUGGACUACUCAACCGCCUUCCCAUUUUUCAUGGACUCUCUAUGGAGGAUCCUUAUAAGCAUUUGAUGGAGUUCCAAUUCAUUUGUACAAGUAUGAAGCCGCAAGGAGCAGAUGAAAACAUUUUAAAGCUAAAGGCAUUUCCCUUCUCUCUUGCUGAUCGUGCUAAGGAUUGGCUAUACGAGCUACCAAGUGGACACAUUACUUCUUGGGACGCCAUGAUGAAGGUGUUUCUGGAAAAGUACUUCCCUACGUCUCGUAUUAUCAUGCUAAAGAAGAAAAUAAGUGGAAUUACUCGAGCACAGAACGAGUCGUAUUCAGCUUACUAUGAGAGGUUCAAAUCCUUGCUCGCUCAAUGUCCUCAACAUAUAGUGAAGGAUGAGAAUCUUCUCACUUGUUUCUAUGAAGGACUCCUCCCUCUUGAAAGACAAAUGAUUGAUGCUACUUCUGGAGAUUCUUCUGUUGACAAGUCACCAGCUGAAGGGAAGGCCUUGAUAGCCAAUUGUGCACUAAAUACCCAACAAGUUGAAGACAUAGGAUCCUCAACACGAGCAAGGGUCAAUGGGAUACGUACUAAUUCUCUUUUGGAAGAUAAAAUUGAUAAACUUACUUCACUUGUGUCUCAGGCUUUGACUACUAAAGGGCAAGCAUUGGCUUGUAGAGUAUGCUCUAUGCAAGGACAUGUGACUAAUCAAUGCCCUCAAUUAAUUGAAAAUGGUGGAUGGGAGAGUGCCAACUCCGUAGGGUUCCAACAAGGGCAAAACCGUCCACAAACUUACAAUGAAGGAUGGAGAAAUCAUCCAAACUUCAGAUGGAAGGAUAAUGACAACGUCGGGAACCCUAAUCAGAACAUCAACUCCUAUAAUCGUGCUCCACCAGGCUUCUAUCAGAAGCCUCAGGAUCCCCUAAACUCUACUCCUUUGAAUUCCUCAUCUUCUAAUCCUAAUUAUGAUAAAAUGUUUGAGGCUUUAACAUCUUCUACUCAAGCUUUGAUUCAGAGUCAAAAAAAUCAAGCCAAGGAUAUAGCUGACCUCAAAAGGCAGAUGGUAAUUUUGAGCAAGUUACAUGAGCAAGGGAAACUUCCGAGCAACACAAUUCCAAAUCCAAAGGCUCAAUAUGAAUCUGCCAAAGCUGUGACCUUAAGGAAUGGGAGAGUGCUUGAUGAUGCCACCAAGGGCAUCAGAAACGUCACUAAGGACAUCAGAGACGUCACCAAGGACAAGGAUAGUGUCCUAACGUCAUCAAAGGCCCUUCAAAAGGACCCUGCAAUGUUCAACUGUGAGGCUGGGACCUCCUGUACAUGA